AUGCACCAGGUUAGGCCUGCUCAGGGUAUGAGCCACCCAAUGCCAAAGUCUGGGGCCGACUUCAAGGUCCACAAGCUCAACCGUGCCCGUACAACUCCAUACAAUAGUGUGCCUAACUGUGUUGUCACUCCUGUAUUCUUCUCUGAUUGGUUUCUUUCAUGUUACUCAGAUGUAUUGGCCCUUUCUUAUAUCCCUACGGGCGUUAAGGUCAUUUUCAAUGUUGUUCACUCCGAAAACAUGGUCGUUCAUCAGCCACAAGGUGCACGCAGAACUGGUCGGCACGACGCUUGCGUCUUCGUGCAGUGCUAUCCCUCUUCUUUCCCUGUGCCGCUCCUCUUCCCCUUCCUCUACCUCUCCCAGGCCUAG